AUGUCGAAAAUGAAUGUUACCAACUUCGAUAACAGAACCGGCAGUCCAUUCAGGAAGAACCCUGACCAACAGCAGGUUGAGGUACACGAAGAAGUUUUACAGAAGAAUCAAGACAUACAUAAGAAAAACAACGAGUUAUUACAGAAGGCUAAUAAAAUAACAGCUGAGUAUCAAUCACAUAAACCUAGUUCUGGUUACUUCACAGAAGUUGUAACACAUGGAGCGUUCACAACGAGGAAAGAUAAAGAAAAAUCACCAAAGCUAGACGUGAAUCCAAAUUCAAGAACCAAUAAAUCACCUCUCGGUUUCCCAUCAUCAGCUAACGACUUGGCCUUGGACGCGAAAACCGACCUCGAGUCUGAUCCAAACAUUUCCAAAGACGUCAAAGAUAAGGUAAUCGAAAAGUUAUUCGCUCUAGUGUCAAUGGUGCAACACACAUACGAGUCAAAAGUACGUAUAAUGAGUGAAUUCGAGAAAUACAAAGACACUCAUUAUAAGAACGAAAUUCGCAGAGAGAGGGAGCACUCGGAACAGCUGUACAAAAUAAAUAUGAAUUUCCAGAACGAAGUUAUACAAUCAUUACAGCAGUUGAAGAGUGAGCUAGAUUUAACAAAAUUUUCAACUCAAGACGAAACAACAGGUCUUAAGAGUUUGUCAAUAAACUAUGAUUCAGGGUUGUCACAGACGUUCGAUAGUCGUAAUAAUACUGAUGGAAAUGAUUGA